AUCCGCGCGACGCCGAUUUCGCGCGAGCAGCACCAGAACCAGCACCAGUACCAGCCGACGCUGCCACCGCUGCCGCUGCCGCCACCGCCGACCCCGACCCGCUGCCGACCUCGCCGCCGCCGUUGUCGCUGCCACCGCGCUGCUGCACCCUCUUACCGCCACAGCAGCGUAUCUCACCGCGAGCAUGAAGAUUCCGCCUCUCUCAUGACCCAGCAUUGUGAGCGCACAUGUGGACGAGGGUAAAUCACCUUAGCGAGAGGGAUGUCUGAGAGCGACGGAGAGCAUGCAGCUCGCUCGGUGGCCUUAGAGCAAGCCUAUGUCCACGAAGUAUACGAGCAAUGCGCCGAGAAGACCACACAAAAUAAACACUGGCCACGAGUAUAUCAGUUUCUUCAAGAUCUUGAACCGGGUGCUCUCGUCUGUGACAUCGGUUGCGGCAACGGAAAAUAUCUCAGCGUAAAUCACAGCGUUUUCAAGAUAGGGGUGGACCGAUGCAAGCGUUUCACGGACAUUGCGCGCGAGAAGGAAAACGAGGUUCUAAUCUGCGAUAAUUUGGCUCUACCAUUCCGAGAAGAGAGCUUCGAUGCGGUGCUGUCGAUCGCCGUGGUGCAUCACUUCGCCACCACGGAGAGGAGGGUACAUGCGUUGAAGGAGUUGGCGCGGGUCCUUAGAAUCGGAGGUCGACUCGUUAUAUCCGUUUGGGCUAUGGAACAAAAGCAUAGAAAGUUUGAAUCGCAAGAUGUUCUAAUACCGUGGCCCAAAUCGCAUUGCAUGAGCGCAGCGUCAGACGGCAUAAAGCAUUCGGGUGUGUCAGACAGUAACGAGAAACGAGAUGAUGAUGCUGCACAAAAAAAUCCGUCAUUCUCUAAAAGAAAUAGCCAACGAAAAUGUAAAAGCAAGAGUUAUUGGAUCGAUCCGAUAUUCAGCUUGUCACCAUCCACCAGUAGUCUCUCUAGCCCAAAUGAGACCUGUUAUAGUUGUUUCCGGCGAGCGUUGCAGAAAUUAGCGAGGAGCAGACGCGGAGGUGGCGGUCGUGCAUGGUUCCCUGGAAGUUGGCAGAGCGGUACUAAGAGUCGGCGACUCUACGAUCCUGAAGACACGACUGACGUGGACGAGUUGCCAAUCGAAUUGCGCCGCGUAGAGACCACACAUACGCUGACGAUGACGAACAAGCAUUCCGCGGAUACGUUGAGCAUCAAGUCCAAAAGCUUGGGUGAUAUCCUGGAGAUUGAACGGCUCGAUUUGGUGCGUUCCCGGUCCAGCAUCCCAGGUUUCUAUUCAACAUCCGAACUAAUCCUGGACGAGCGAUCGGUCUCGUCGUCGUCGAGCGGCUCAAAGCCGCGGCUGGUGAAACAGAAGUCAUAUGUAGAGGAAAUCGGUUUGGAAAAUUCCGAAGACACUGCCAUUGAAAACCUGAUCAAGGAUCUCCCGGACUUCUCCUGCCAGUCAUUGCAUAAACGUAGCAUACCUUUAAAGCAAAGCUCGAUGAACGAGGAAUUGAUGUCGGCGGAACGGCAGGAGGAGAAAGAACGAGUACGCAGAAAUAUCAUGAAGCAGACAUCGUUGAACGAAGAGCUCAUUUGCAAGUGGCGAACAUUUGAGGCGCUCAAGGAUUCGAUCAGCCCGGUGAGCGCCAGUCGGCGUUUCCAACUGUUAAAAAAUGGACUGACCAGCAAAAUCAAGCGCUCCACAACGAACAUCGAAAAGGUCUCUAGCAUGUCAAUCAAGAACGGUUUCGUUCGGAUGCUGCAGGGAUGGAAAUCCUGCGAGAGUGAAUCGACCGCUACGGAAGAAGCGACAACAAAGUCGAAGUCAACGGACAAUAAAGUACAACCGGUAACACUGGUGAAACGUAGUAUCGAGGGUGUCGAACGUCGUCUCUCACGCGAAGACGGUUCAGAUUCGUCCAAGGACAGCAGUCUGCAGAGCGACACUAGCGUCGACUCCGAGGACAGCUUCGCAUCUGUGAUUUAUGUGCCGAAGCAGGAUGUCGCCGUCGCGGCAUCGCCGGCGUCGUCCACGAUCAAUGAGGUUCCUUCCGCGCCGCGACCGGCAGCGUUGCAGCUCGGUACGACUUCGGCACCGCCAUCACCGCGUGUUAAGCAGCCACUGGACGGUGGUCAAUCGUCUAGAUUUAAAGUGAUCAACGUGUCACCAUUGCUGAAACAGCAAUCUGUCACGAAUACAAGUACGCAUGUCGGCGAUACGACAAAACCUAGUGGAACGACUGUCAUUUGUAAGGAAGCACCCGAUAACACUUUACAAGCAGCGGCGUCAGAUCUCCGUCUUAUAUCAGAACCAGUAGAACCGGACACCACGUCGUUGAUACGUCCCUUGAACGAUGUUACUAAAGUAGUCGGUCGCGAACCAAUCGCAAACGAGGACGACAGCCGAAAAGCUAGACUGAACCAAAUCAAGGAGCUGCUCAUAGCAAAGCCGGGCUUUGCGACACGCUCCAGACCGUCAUUUCCAUUGGUCAGGCGUGCCUCCACAGCGGCUUCGGGUCGUCUGGAGACAGUCACGAGGAUCUUGCCGCGUUUGUUAUCCCUGGAAUUGUUCAAUCCAGAGACUGAUGACUUAGACAGUGAUUCCAGCGGUGUCUCGUCGCCUGAGUCAGUCGGUUCUGUAAUCAGCGUUACAUCGGAUGAACGGUAUAUCGCGAGGAGGGGGGCUGAAGAGAAGAAAAAUAACGCACAGACAGAUGAGAGUCUUUCCAAGUCAAAUGGAGACGAUAUAUCUAAGAGGACGAAGGAAACGGAAAGUAGUAUACGUGACGAUGAGUCGUUGAGUAUGGAAACAAUAACGUCACUCGAGGAUUUAACUACACCUCUGGAUCCUUCACACGACAACUCGUCCGCGGAUUUCGAAGAUGACACGCUCCUUGCGGAAACCGAAAAUAUACGCGACAUUUCUCAAGAUAAUGUAAGAACUAAUACGAUCUGUCCUACGUCGCGCAUUCAUUUGGAAAGCGAAAAGUCCAUCUCUUCACAGUCAAUGAGGCUUCUGGAGGCCGCUGCCAACGUGGCGAGCUCGCUGGAGGACGCCGUGGGGACGGCGAUUCAACACAAUGUCCAAGUGGAACAAUUUUCGCAAGCUGCACAACGGCGGAAUAAUGAUGGCAUCUGGUCGCAGUCGAGUGUGCGAACGCGAGCGUACUUGAAGCAGGAUUGUAAAUCCGCUUCGGUAGAUUUGGGCGGUUAUGCUAACGAAUCGAGCAGCGAUCUUAUACGAGAUAUCAGUCGGUACUGCCAGAACUCGUCGUUCGAUUUUUUCGAAGUCUGUCAGACGUCGAGAACCACGUCGUCGUCAUCGGACGUCGCGGAAAAUACCUUGGAUGUAGAAUCGAAUACCACAGCCUAUUGGGACGGAUGCAAUCAAGUACCUAAGGAAACUUCGUGGAUCGUAAAUGAAGCGUAUGAUGGGAGUGGACGCGACAAGUUUGUCAAUGUGGUCCAAUCGAAACCGACCCCGAAAUCCUCCAGAUCUCUCUGCGAGGAUGCCGUUUUUGAGUCCAAAUUCGACUGUAAAUUUCCAUGUAAUUCCAAGUACGAAGUUGAGCUCGAAGCCGAACCCAAAACUACAUUCAUAUCCAAAUACGACGAAAUGUUUAGAGUCAAUCACGAAGAUAAAUUAAAAACUAAAGUCGAACUUGUAUCCAGAUUCAAUCCCGAAUCCAAUAGUAAUCUCAUAAGUGAUACCAAAAAAUCGUUUAUCAAUGCUGAAAGCACGCUCAAUCUCCAAUCCGGAGCAGGACCUAAACCCAACGUCAAUCAGGAGCAUUGUCGCUCCGCCAACACUUCGUCAUUGUUGCACAGCAACUCGGACGACACGUUGGACUUUGUGAUGGUGUCGAAGACGGGCGAGUUCGAGGAGGCAGUGGAAAACUCGAAAGUAACCGGGAAAUGGCGCUCCUCUCAGAGCAGGUUGUCGAUGGACUCGAGCGACGUGGGCGACUCUCUGAUAGAGAACACGGCGACGAGCCUGAGCGACGGCAGCCAAGCAGAGUCGACAGCGAGACUGUUCACCGGCAGCACGGUGUCAUUAGUAUCGAAUCCGAAUAUAGAGAACACUCGUCGGAGUUCGAUGGAACGACGAAGACUGCAAGAACGCGGCCGUUCGUUGGACGAGAUGUCGAGCGAGACGAAGAGGCGAAGCGCCCCGGGCUGUCGAGUCACCGCAAGCACCGAUACCUUGAGCAAUGCCUCGUCCCAGGAAUCGUUGCCCUCCGAUCGUGGCGGCGGUUCCAUUACCUAUCACCAAUAUUAUCACGUCUUUCGGGAAGGCGAGCUGGAUCAGCUGAUCAACAAGUACGUAGAGAACCUGCAUAUCAUUUCAUCGUAUUAUGACCACGCCAGCUGGUGCGUCGUCGCGGAGAAAGUGCAGGUCUGGACUAUAUGACUUCGGAUACGGAUCAUCGUGUGAAGGACCAGUGGCUGCCGCGACUCGUUCUCGGCCGUCUUCGCCAAGUUGUACCGGGUGUCUCGAUAGGAGAUGUCAGCCAGAAGGGAUCAACUAGGUUUCAAUCUUAUGAAAAUUCGCAUCUGCUUAGUUUCACUUUUCAGUCGAGAAUAGUUCCCGGUCUACUAAUUUAAGAAAAUGAAUUGCAAAUUUAAGAAACUGGGAAUAUAAUAUUUCUAAAUCCUUUCAUUUUUAAUGUUUAACACGGUUCGCACCAUUUGGGAUUUGGAUUACGAAAUGACGCGUUGAAAAGAACUCUUACUUUCGAGAUAAAUGUACUGAUCCCUUUUUUUUGGGGCACACAGUACACUCCGGUGGAUGGAUUAAAUGCGAUUAAGCAUGAGAAAUCUCGGUUCGAGUGCGAGGCUUAUGACUCUAAAUUCAUAGAUCUAAUAAGAGUCCAAGGAUCUCAAAAUUCAGGGGUCCAAGAAUCCAAGGAUUUAAAGGCUCAAGGAUUUUAUAAUAAUCCAAGUUAACGCGAGUUUAAUCACGAGUUGACUUUCUAACGGUCCGUUCUCAAAAACUCUGCGACGACCUAUAUCGCUAUUGAAAUAUCGCUUUGCGCUCGUUGAACAUUCCUUUCACGUUUAUCUCAUAACAAGAUUUCUCUGUCCGUGAUGUCACUGAAGUGAUGUGUGAUGUAGAAAUAUAACGUUAAAGUAACAAGAAAGAUUAAUGAUAGACGAACCAACACAAUUGAAUUUAUAUGUCAUGAAAUAUCCAACAAUAAAAUAAGGCGAAUUUAAAAGAGUACUUAUCAAUAUUCCUUUUAGUUGAUUUCUACUAAUUACUACAAUAUUUUUUCAUGUUCACAACUCGUUUAACUUUAGCUUCACUUCAGGGACGUUUAGGACUGUUCAUUUCAUUUAUCGGACUCGCACAUCUCGGAACAACGAUUGCAGAAAGCACGAUUCUUCGAGGACACAACGAAGUAAAAGAGGGAGAAAGGGUAUUAGUUGCUCGAAGAAUGUUCGAUUUUCUCGAAGAGUGGUGCGAUCUGAAUGUACUUGCGUUAAGCGUAAAAGUUCAGAAAAAUUCAGAAACGGCAAUUGGCUCCCGACUGUGGAGCGUAUUUUCUAGCUUCUCGAGGAACCGACAAUAUCCGAACGCUUGAACGUAGAUAUACCUCAAUAAUGCGAACGUUCCACUUCCAGAAAUGUAUACAUGCGUACUAUACAUGCAUACGUUUAAUACACAUGUCUGCGUACAUACACGUACUAGGGUGUCCCUUAUUUGUAACAAAUUCUCGCGCUGUGAUGGAAGAAACGCAUUGGCGAAUUAAAUUAUCGACAACAAAAUUAGAUCAGCGAGAGAAUGAGAGUAAUAUUUCCAAUUUGUAGAAGAAAAAAUGUCAAAGGUGAGAUAUUUGCAAUAAUAGAACUCAAGCAAUUAAGGGAUAUCUUAAUACACAUAUCCCUGUCUACACACAUAUACACAUAUACACGAACACAUACGGCAUACGUACGUACACAUACGUGAUACAUAUAUAUUAGGAUAUAUAAGGAUUCAAGGAUCCAAUGAUCUGAAGAUUGAAUGCUCAUAUCCUUGGAUUCUUCACCCUAAGUUCUUCAAUCGUUCAAUUUUUACCUUAUAGAACACUUUUAUUACCGACUUCUUUCGUUCCAUGAAUCCUCACCUUUUCGGAAAUCCUUGCUUUUCCCGAUUAAGUCUCCAAUUCUCCUUGAACAUUUUAGUCUACGCAAUUCUUAGUUCUGUAAUCCUUUUAAGCCUAAAACACACAAAAGAGAUUCGAUAGCCUGUUGUUGUAUUUGAUAAUUUUUAAAUUUGUACACUAAAGCAUUCGAUUGAAGAUCCAAGGAUCCAAGCAUCCGUUUACGGUACCGUAUACUCACACGUCGCAUAGAGCAGGGCAUAAAUGUAAUCUAAGCUUCGUUAUUUUUAUGAUCUCAAUUAAUUAUCGUAGUCGAGAAUGAAGUUUUUAUCAUGACCCUUUAACCGGUGAACCAGAUGUAACUCCUUUGCACCAGAAAUAGGUACCUGUAAUAAAAUUGCCGAAUGAAUUUCACGAUCAUCAUGGAACAAAUUCUCAUAAGAUUGUAUAUCGAUAGUGAUAAUAGAUACUCGUAUCAGAUCGCUAAAAUUUAAACGAAAUAUUAUAUUAAGAGUUUUUUUAAGAGCAAGGCGGAUAAUUUGUAAUUUUCGGCAUACAAUAUGUGACAGACAUGAACUAAAGAAAACGAAAAAAAGAAAAUUAAACGUAAGGACAAGGGCGAGCUUUGGGAUUACUGGUUAAAGGGUGAUUUGAUCAAGAUAAACAAGCUACUGUUCCAUUUUCGGAGAACCGUUUGGUUAGCCAAACGCAUUUAACAAGUAGUCGACGAUGUUCUUUUCUAAUUUAUGGAAUGAUUUUCAUUUGUACUCGUUUCGAAGAAGGAAACGCGUAUCAGAAGCGUGCGUGUGUGCGUGUAUGCGUGAGAAAGAGAGAAAAAUAGAACGCGAGAGAGAGAGAGAAAGAGAGAGAGAGAGAGAGAGAGAGAGAGAGAGAAAGGGUAGACCAAAAAUGCAAUCUCGAGAACGAGAGAGAAACCGGUGUAAAUAUGUAAAAUAAAGUGUUCCUGACAUAAACGCACAGAUCGUCAGAAGGCAUAGCUCCGUCAAGUGA